GUUCGCUCUCGACCUCGGCGCGGGAUGGGACCUGAACGUUCCCACAGACAAGAAUGAGGCGGCACGGCUCCAGGCUAGUGAUCGGCCUAUGCUCCUCAUUGGCUCUCCACGCUGUACAGCGUGGACCACACUCUUGAACUUUGGACAGGUGAACCAGGACACGCUCGACGGCCUCAUGGCGGAGGCCAUCGACCACAUGGGCACCUGCGUGAAGAUGUGCGACGAGCAGCUGGGCAACGGGCGCUGCUUCUUGCACGAGGCACCGCACUCGGCGAGGUCCUGGCACGUUAAGGGCAUCCAGGACCUCCCUUGCAGGAGCGACGUCCUCCACGUCGUCAACGAUGAGUGCGAGGCAGGGCAGACGGUCCCCGUCAAGCAGCCCGACGGGAUCGCGAAAAACAUGACGGGCGACCGGAACAACAUGAAUGUUCGGUCGAGGCUCUGCGCGAAGGAGUUCAAGUGGAAGAAACCCUGGCUCGAGGAUGCGUUCGCUGGUACACCGCCGCGGGAAGGCGUCAAGAUGGUGCUGAGCAAGGCCAUGACCAAUACCAGGAGCCCCAACGGCGGCUUCCUGGACAUUUCGAGGGCGCGCUUCCACCCAGCGGCGAAGCGCAAGCUGUUCAUUCGCAUCCCUCCUGAAGAUGGUGGGGGCAUCCGACUCCUGCUCCGCAUGAUGUACGGCAGCUGGCUGGGCGGAGGGGGGGAGCGCCAGCUGGACGCAAUGGAGACGGAGUUGCGGAAGCACAUGCUGAGCUGUAUCACGAUGGAGCCGGACCCUCGACAUGCGGAGAUACUGAUCCACGAGCUCGGUCUGAGCGGACGCGGGUCCAAGGCGGUGGCAACGCCUGCGGAGAAGGGAGCGAGCUACUACGACGACGCCCCUCUGCAGGGCGCGUGCGAGGCCAAGGCGUAA